GUUGGUUUUUCCUGCUCACCGUCACUCCCUUUCGGGCUGUGAUAAAUAUUCUCUUUCUUUCGCUUUGGUUUUUGCACGCCUUGACACCUUACGCCGUUUUCUAGUUUCUUGUUGCGCGGCCCCAACGCGAAUCAAUCCUUCACUGCGCGUCGAAGAUCGCCGAACCAUAAUUACCGACGCAGGGCAACGCACAGAACCGGUUUUCCCCCGUAUUACAGAGACGAGUUCAGGAGCAGCCUCAGGCCUCAACAAUGGCAUUCAUCAGCUCAAGAUUUCGCCUUACCAUACCAGUCACUGCUCUCAUUUCAUCGGACAUAGUCAUCAGCGCACUCCUCUCGCCACCAACCAGCAUGCCAGACGCUACAUCGCCUACGAUUGAAAUUGUGGACGCCCCAUCAGCAUGCGAAGACGCUCUUACAGAGAAGCUCGCUACAACUCCUGCCUUCUUACCCGACGAUCCUAUGGAACUCCUCUCCGACGCGCUCGUUAGGGAUUUUGCGUACGUCAUAACGUCGCCACGGUAUCGCGGAGAUCACAGCCCUGCAAACAACCCGGAUCACGACCACGACCCACUGGGGAGUCCACAGGCGAAAGAGGCGGCAAUGGAGAGAAUGGAGAAGUCGUACGCGGCGUACAUGGGAGGAAGAGAGAGCCCGAAGCCGCAGGUGCAAGAGGGGUGGACGCGGUACUUGCCAUGGAAGAAGCUGGAACGGUCAGGUUGAGAUUAUGCGACAAAGUCUC